CUGCUGCGGCGCGGCAGUAUCGACACGACCGCGGUGGUGGUAGCGGGUCGAGCCGUAGUCGAGCAGUAUAUAGUCGGGGCGGACCGACGACGUGAUGCGAAAGACCAAAUUGGUGUCCCGCUGGCUGGGCCCGUAGGAUAGUAGGUAUAAGCCGCAGGCACAACGGCGAUCCGCCGCGCGGAAUCAUGGAAGAGGUCUUUCGGAACGGCAACUACCAGAGGGAGGCCAACGCCAACAUGACCGCCAUGGAUCAGACGCGGAAAGAGGACUGCCUGCUCGACCACAUGGAGAUCUCAAUAGUAGAAGCUGAGAAGCGAGCGAAUAGAGCACUUAAUUUAAGGGAAUUCUACACAGUAUACCUCAUCGAAACUAAAGUCACUGACCCAGAUUUCAAAAACGCGCUAACUAGAAUAAGCUCGUUAUGGCGGCGAUACACCGAGUUCGAGUUGCUUCGUGCUUAUCUGGAGAUUUCCUAUCCCUACAUUGUGCUGCCACCGCUACCGGAAAAGAAGGUUCUCUACGCGUGGCAGAAGGUGACGACUGACACGUUCGAUCCCGACUUCGUUGAUCGCAGAAGAGCUGGACUCGAGAAUUUUCUUAUAAGAGUCGCGUCGCAUCCUAUACUUUCGCGCGACGAACAUUUCAUGGGAUUUCUUCAGCAGAAGGACGGUUGGAGAGAAAGUGUUAAAGAAACAGGGUAUUUUCAGAUCGCAGAAUCGAAACUGAAAGCGCUUAGCGUAGCGGUGCGAUUGAGAAAACCGGACAAACGGUUCGAAACUAUAAAAAAUUAUGGAAUUGAACUGCAGAAUAACUUGUGCAAUCUGCUGCGAGUGCGAGCACGGCUUGUCGAGAAGCAACACAGUUUGUACAAGUUGCACGCAAAUUAUGGACGUGUCUUCAGCGAAUGGAGUGCCAUAGAGAAGGGAAUGGGCGACGAACUGCAGAAAUCGGGACACUACUUGGACUCAUUAGCGGCGACGAUAGACACCACCCUCGAGGAGGAAGAGCUCAUAGCGGAUCAGUUGAAGGAAUGGCUGUUCGGCGCGUCGGCGUUGCAGGCUGUGGUCAGGCGUAGAGAAGCCCUGCAACUGGCCAAGGACGAAGCGCACGAUGCCUUGACUGCUACGUUCGAACAGAAAGACAAAGUGAUGCAAGGUAAAGCUGGUCUGAUGUCGCGUUUAUUCGGCUCAGUGGACACCGAGGAGGUUCGCGAGUUGAAAAUCCUUCAGCUGGAGCAGCGAAUUGCGCAGCACGACGAAACUGUGAAGCAAGUGGAUGAAGAUUUGAAAUCUUUCUCCAUUAAAGCCAUGAUGGACAUCGAGAGGUUCCAGCAUCAAAAGGUCGUCGAUCUAAAAGAGACUUUGGCGGCUUAUUGUGUUCUGCAAUUUAAACUGGCUAGAAAGGGUCUCCAAGCUUGGCAGCACAUCAAAGGUUGUCUCGAAAGUAUACCAUGAACAAAAUUGACGAUACACAACUUCGCGAAAGACAGACUGUCGCAGAACAAUAAUCGUCUUCACGUUGUUUCUCAUACAAUUAUACAUUCCUAUAUUCUGUAAGUUCACUCAUGCCGUACGCUUAUCACAUUGAUGUAUAUUAUUGUUAUUAUUUAAAAUGUCAUAGACUAUAUAAGGGAUAUAUAUAUUAUAUGUAUAUGUAUGUUAA